AUGGCGUCCGGCCCUCACCCGACAGCGACCGCCGCCGCCGCCGCCGCUGCCGCCUCGUCGGCCGCCGCGGCCCCCAGCGCGGGCGGCUCCAGCUCGGGGACCACCACGACCACGACGACGACCACGUCCGGAGGGAUCCUGAUCGGGGACCGCCUCUACUCGGAAGUUUCCCUCACCAUCGACCACUCGCUGAUCCCGGAGGAGCGGCUGUCGCCCACGCCGUCCAUGCAGGAUGGGCUCGACCUGUCCAGCGAGACGGACCUGCGCAUCCUGGGCUGCGAGCUCAUCCAAGCCGCCGGCAUCCUCCUCCGGCUGCCGCAGGUGGCGAUGGCGACGGGGCAGGUGCUGUUCCAUCGGUUCUUCUACUCCAAGUCUUUCGUCAAACACAGUUUCGAGAUUGUUGCCAUGGCUUGUAUUAAUCUUGCGUCAAAAAUCGAAGAAGCACCUAGAAGAAUAAGAGAUGUGAUUAAUGUGUUUCACCACCUACGCCAGUUAAGAGGAAAAAGGACUCCAAGCCCCCUCAUCCUUGAUCAGAACUACAUUAACACCAAAAAUCAAGUUAUCAAAGCAGAGAGGAGGGUGCUAAAGGAGUUGGGAUUUUGUGUUCAUGUCAAGCAUCCUCAUAAGAUUAUUUUUAUGUAUUUACAAGUCUUAGAAUGUGAACGUAAUCAAACCCUGGUUCAAACUGCCUGGAAUUACAUGAAUGACAGUCUUCGAACAAAUGUAUUUGUUCGAUUUCAACCAGAGACUAUAGCAUGUGCUUGCAUCUACCUUGCAGCUAGAGCUCUUCAGAUUCCAUUGCCAACUCGUCCUCAUUGGUUUCUCCUUUUUGGUACUACUGAAGAGGAGAUCCAGGAUAUCUGUGUAGAAACUCUUAGGCUUUAUACCAGGAAAAAGCCAAACUAUGAAUUGCUGGAAAAAGAAGUAGAGAAAAGAAAGGUGGCUUUACAAGAAGCAAAAUUAAAAGCAAAGGGAUUGAAUCCUGAUGGAACUCCAGCCCUUUCAACCCUUGGUGGAUUUUCUCCAGCCUCUAAACCAUCAUCACCAAGAGAAGUAAAGGCUGAAGAGAAGUCACCAAUCUCUGUUAAUGUGAAGAUGGUCAAAAAAGAACCUGAAGACAGACAGCAGGCUUCCAAAAGCCCUUAUAAUGGUGUAAGAAAAGACAGCAAGAGAAGUAGAAAUAGCAGAAGUGCAAGUCGAUCAAGGUCAAGAACACGAUCACAUUCUAGAUCACAUACUCCAAGAAGACAUUACAAUAAUAGGCGGAGUCGAUCUGGAACAUACAGCUCGAGGUCAAGAAGCAGGUCACGCAGUCACAGUGAAAGCCCAAGAAGACAUCAUAAUCAUGGUUCUCCUCAUCUUAAGGCCAAACAUACCAGAGAUGAUUUAAAAAGUUCGAACAGACAUGGUCAUAAAAGGAAAAAGUCUCGUUCUCGAUCUCAAAGCAAGUCUCGGGAUCACUCAGAUGCUGCCAAGAAACACAGGCAUGAAAGGGGACAUCAUAGGGACAGGCGUGAAAGAUCUCGCUCCUUUGAGAGGUCCCACAAAAGCAAGCAUCAUGGUGGCAGCCGCUCAGGACAUGGCAGGCACAGGCGCUGA